AUGGAGCCUGAGCAUUUGUUGAAGCUCCGCCAGCUGCUAGCACCCCAGGCAGAGGCACCCAGAUUGGCGAAGCGUAAAGCGAAGGAAGUGGACGAAGUUCAGGGUCCAGAUUGGACCUCCCGAUACUGCGUGGUGGAUGCUGCCGCUCCGCUGGUGGCGCUGGACUCAUUGGCAAUCCCACUGCAGGCGCCGGUGGCGGAGGCGCUGAAAAAGAAUGGCUUCGAUCCACUCUUCCCCAUCCAGGCCAUGGUGAUUCCUUUACUGUCCAAGAGUGCCGAAGCAGCCGACGAUGAGGAUUCUGCAUACUGCUGUGAUGUUUGUGUGGCAGCUCCCACUGGACAAGGAAAGACAUUGGCUUACGCGGUGCCGAUUGUACAGGCACAUGGCACGAAAGCAAAUGCAAAGCUAACACUGGUAACCCAGAAACCCAAAUGGCAGUUGGGUGUUUGCAAGUGA